AUGUCGCGACAUAUCCUCAUAUUGUAUUUAUCCGAUGAGGAGGCGAUGAUGAGCGAGCAGAGCGAUGAGUCCACGUAUUUGGUGCUCGACAUGCGGCGCGUCUCGCGCCAAUUUUUGAUCUACACCACAAUUCUCGUCGCCGUCGCGCUCUAUUACUCGGCGCUUCCGCAUUAUUUGGACGAGUCGAUGCACUCGAACCAGACGAAUUAUGUCAUCGAAAAUUACAAGACGCGCGAGAACGGCUCGAUGUACUUCGAGUUCGUCGACAACGACGGCAACUACCAGUACGGCGAACUCGGCGACUGGUUUCGGAAGCUGCUCGAUGGCAAGUACCGCUUCAGCUAUGGCAACUCCUUCUUCAAUUAUUGUGUGGAGCGCACUGUGCCCAACAACGAGUGGAUGACGUCAAUCUUCCGUUCAAUGAACCACAUCGUCGUUGCGCAAGUGCUAUUCCGAGCGGCGGUCCUCCUCAAUCUCACCGUCUCAUUGUUCGAGUGCGUCGUCGUCAAGAAUUUGCCGCGAACGAGCUGCUCCAACACGUUUCAGCGAUUUUUCGGCCUUCCUCUAAUUCUUCUCGAGUUCACGCAAAAAUUGGCGUUGUUCUACCUGACGUGUUUGCACUACCAACAGGACGCCAAAUUGAUAUUCCUCUCGCGCGCUUCGAUUUGUAUUCUCACCGUUUCGACAAUUCUCAAACUUCUCGUGUGCGCAAUGGAGCAGACCUCCCAAAAAUGGCAAAUCGGCUGUUUGGCGUUGUCGGCCGGCGUCGUCAUGUCGCACAACGUCGUCGUCGCCGACGUCGACGAUUUCCUCGAGACGCCCUAUUGCGAUUCGAUGGCGACGCCGAUCGUCGUCUACGCGCAAUUGAUCUACUUUUUGGCGCUGCUCGUCGCCGCCUACCUGCGGACGAAUCGCUUCGAGAACCUCGAAAUGGUGACCAAGUGCACGUACGCCGAAAUGGAUCAUCGACGGCAACACUGCGCUAAUUAA